CCUUAGCCGGUGUAAUAGCUGAUUUGAUUAUUCUUCUUAAUGUUCUCGUAAUUACAGUUUGUCCAACUACAAUGAAGCACAUUUGCAGGCAGCAUGGAAUCUCUAGAUGGCCAUCUCGCAAGAUAAACAAGGCAUGACUGAUUCGCCGUGUAAAGCUUCUGAGUACUAUGAAAAGAAGAAUGAGUUCUCCAACCAUGGAACACCAGCAAGUCAUGAAGAAGCUGAACCCUCAAAUCAAAUGCUGGGAAGCAGGAUUAUUGCGAACGAAGAGCUCUCUCCGAAACAGAAUGGUUUUGUGCGUGAAGGGUCACACAGAUCCAGAACCGGGAGCUUCUCGAGAGAAGAGAGCACGGGAACACCUACCUCCCAUGGAUCAUGCCAGGGGAGUCCUUGCCCUGCAAAUGAGUCCUCCCCUCAGAAUGAACUGGUCAAUUCACCUACACAGGAGUCGGUCAUGAAAGUGGAAGGCUCUUUGGAACCAGUUUGACAGGCCACAGGAGAAAUAAAUUUGUCCAGUGCAUUUCUAGUGCCUGGGCUUUGAAUGCUAGUUGAGGAUGCAGGCAGCUCACAUGAUCUGAGAAAUCUUUGUCCGGCUGGAGAUGUUAUGUUUGACGAACGUGUCCCCGAAUACAGUUGGACAAGGCUAAGGAUCAGUUUCCUCUUCCUGCCGAGAAGAUGCCACAAUUUUCUACCAGGCAUGAAGUAACAUCCAUUACAAUAAAAGCAACUUUCGACUUUGUAAGUUCCGGUAUAUUUAAGUUGAAGGAGGAAGUAGCCAAGAGGCUUAAGUUAGAGGUGAGAACUUUCGAUAUCAAGCACUUAGAUGAUGACCACGAGUGGGUUUUAAUCCCCGGUGAUACAGAUCUACAAAAAUUUGUAAAUAUAUAAGAACCAUUCUUGUAGUACUAGGGUUUUUUGUCCAUGUGGAGCUAGGAAUGGCAAUGGGGCGGUGCGGUGCGGGUAUUUUCAUAACCCGCGAAUCUGAUAACCGCACCAUAUUUCUUUUAAACCCGCAUAAAUCCGCCCCACACAAUACCCGCGCAAACCCGCACCGCACCGCACCACUUUUUUUUAACUCUCACAUUUAUUGAAAUCAAUUGAUUUUCUCUGUUUCGCAUUUUACUGAUCU